AACACAGUCAUGUUCAUUGUAACAUAGCUGGCUGCGUUAGAUGCGAAUGUCUCCAUGAAACUGGAGCUAUGACGGCCAGGUAUGUUCCACAAAACUUUAGUUUGGUGCUUUGUUCUAUGCAAUCCCAGGAAGCGGCCCCACAAUGUAGACAACGAUGUUGAUGACUGCCUGCCAAUCUCCAAAAGAAUUCAUAGGUUACAAAUAGAGCCUGAAGGCAGAAGCUCUACAGAGGAAGAAUAUCAGAACUUAAUGCGUUCAGACAACUGUAAUGAUCAACACAGCCCAGAAGACCAGAAUACAUCACCCUGGGCUCAUUUGUCUCAGAAUCCAUUGAUAGGAACAGGGGAUCUUCAGUCUGCUCAACCUUUUUCACUUCACGGAAACCAACCUAUACAACGACAGAGUGUCCAGAACAACCCAGCUUAUGUGGCCAAUCAGACUGCUGCAAAUCAUGUCCUCAUUCAUGAUGAGUCUGCCAGUCAGGGGAGAUUACUCCCCAUCAGUGAUCAGGACAUGGACAGAUACAGCCCAGAGUUGCCAGAGGCAGAUAAUCCACAUUAUUUCCAAAUCAACCGACUCUUGUACGAGGCCAAUUCUUCCAGACUUCUGCGCAGUCGCAGCUCAUGUAGGCUUAUAAAUAAUCAGCACCUACACAUGUCUUAGGCCAUCAGUAUUCUAUAGGUAUUCUUGGAAUUGAAAAUAUUUAUUGUGUGAAAGGGGAAAACGGUGUGAAUGUAUUCCAGACCGUACACGUCCAAGCACUUGUUGUGUUACUCUCGCCUGGAGGCUUUACUCACCCAGACACAAACACACAAAAUGUUGUAUAAAUAACAUGAAGGUGAAUACAGAAUUCUGCUUCAUGGCAACGUAAAUUUAUAACUACAUGUUGCUAACAUUCUAAAUUUAUGUGUGCUGUGAAGAUCUUUCUGUUUUCAAACAUACUAUAAUUGUCUUGCUGUCUGCCACAGGCAGGUGAAGUGCCUGGAUGUACCCGGCCUUGAAUUGCUUUGUUGGAAAAUAGGAAGAAAAACAUUGGUGAUAAGAGAGAUAAUGGAUGUUUUGAGUUUCUGUGAAAGUGGUCCUUUAUUGUCUGAUACGUGCCUCAUAAUUGUCUCUCACAGUUACAGGAUUUUGCGUAAUGUUGCUAUGGUAUCAUGUUGUCCAUCUUAACUUCCUAAACAUGCAUAAAACAUCCCUGUGUUGUUAUGUGAUACAAGUACCAGUCGUUAACUUUUCAGUAAACAUAAAUGUUGCACAAAGAGUGGUAAUCCAUUUGACGUUGCUUAAUUUUUUUUCUCAAGCUCUUUUCCAUUAACAGUUUGCAGGUAAGAGAAAAAUUUGAUUGGAUGCGUUGUCUUUUUUUAUUGUGAGGUACGAGUACUUGACAUGUUGUGGGAGAGUACACUGACAUGUUGUGGGAGAGUACACUGACAUGUUGUGGGAGAGUACACUGAGCUCUUCACCUAUCCUAUUAAAUAUUGUUUGCUUGUGAGUGUAACAAGUGGUCUCCUUUCUUCGUGGGGACAGCAUAAUAGCAGUAUCCUGCAAACAAAGUCAUGGUGGGGUAACAUUUCAAGGGUUAAAAUAGCUGAUAUGAAUGAAAUGUUGAUUAUGGGUAUGUUUGAUGAUCUUGUAGUUAUCGGCCGCAUUUGAUGAUCAGAUAUCAAAUAUCGACAUAAUCAGCAUUUGAUUUCAUACAACUGGCUGUCAGCCCAUUGUGAGUCUUGUGACAGUGAGCAUUCAGCCACAUUCUUGUGUGGCCAUAUGUGCAGUCUGACUUGUGUUUUAGUCCACCAGACCUCCACCAGUAUAGUGUGCAUAUUAUGUGGGAAAGUUUGUCAGUAACCUGCAAAAGGUCAGUGGUUCACCCAGGCCAUUCCAGUUUCCUCCACCUAUAAAACUAACCACAUCAUAUAAGUGAAAAAUUCCUGAGCAUACAGUAAAACAAUAAACUUAACCAUGAUAAAUCCCUGUACAUGUAUACUGUGAAAGCUUUAUGUAAGAGUAGGUGUGUGAAAUGAGAUUUGUUCAUUGUGCUCCGCAAAUAUUAACUGUAUUAUUGGAUUCUGUACUUAGCGGAUCUCAUCGCUGUUCAAAAACUGUUUCAUCCUUUCACUUGGGUGACUGUUAAUGGUGUACUGUUGAUUCGCCUGUCUAAAAGCACUCAGAUUUUCUGUGAUGAAGUUACGACCAAACAAGACAAUAAAUUUGUUCA